UGUCACAGGGGUGAUGCGACAGCCUGCUAGCUACGCUAUUCCGGUUUCAGUGUGAUGUGUCAAGCUUUGCUACUGGGGCUUUGUAGAAGUUUGGGUCAGCUGUAAAAACAGUAUCCUCUAAUAAAUAACAUGGAUAACUCCGGCAAAGAGAAGGAAGCCUUGGCUCUUCUCGCCGAUGCUGAGAAGAAAAUAAAAUCUUCGACGUCGUUCUUCGGGACGCUAUUUGGCGGCUCCUCAAAGUUGGAGGAGGCAUGCGACAUGUACGCACGGGCAGCAAACAUGUUCAAGAUGGCCAAGAACUGGAGUGCGGCGGGCAACGCUUUCUCUCAGGCCGCGGGACUUCACCUGCAGAUGCAGAGCAAACACGACGCCGCUACCAACUUCAUAGACGCCGGAAACGCUUUCAAGAAGGCCGAUCCGCAAGAGGCUAUUAACUGUCUGAACCGGGCCAUUGAGAUUUACACCGACAUGGGUCGUUUCACCAUCGCGGCCAAGCACCACAUCUCCAUCGCCGAGAUCUACGAGACGGAGCUGGUGGACAUCGACAAGGCCAUCGCUCACUACGAACAGGCAGCCGAUUACUACAAAGGAGAGGAGUCGACAAGCUCCGCCAACAAGUGCCUCCUGAAGGUGGCGACCUACGCCGCCCAGCUGGAGCAGUACCAGAAGGCCAUCGAGAUCUACGAGCAGGUGGGGACCUACGCCAUGGACAGCACCCUGCUGAAGUACAGCGCUAAGGACCACUUCUUCAAGGCGGCCCUCUGUCACUUCUGCGUGGACAUGCUCAACGCCAAGCUGGCUGUGCAGAAAUAUGAGGAAAUGUUCCCAGCCUUCUCAGAUUCACGAGAAUGCAAACUGGUGAAGAAACUGCUUGACGCCUAUGAAGAACAGAAUGUCGACGCGUAUACCGACUCGGUGAAAGAGUUUGACUCCAUCUCCAGGCUGGAUCAGUGGCUCACCACCAUGCUGCUCCGCAUCAAGAAGACCAUACAGGAGGACGAGAGCGACCUCCGCUAGCCCCCCGCCUCCCCGAUUUCCGUCUCGUCCCUUCCCGCGAUUCCCUCUGAUGCUCCUUUCACCCCCCGCUACUCCUCCCGCUCUCCUGUCUUCCUCAUCGCAACACGGCUGUAACCUUUCCCGUGUGAUGUUUCUUUUCUCUCUCCUUUUCCUUCUUCUUCUUCUUUUUUUUUUUUAAUCUCUCCUUAGCUUUCGUUCUGCUUUUGCUUGGGUUUGCCUUUCAUUUUUACUCUUUCUAAGAACCUGUCUUUUCCCUCCCACGCCUCACCGGGUGUGUGUUAUGGACAGUUCGGCAACAAUGGUCUUUGCGUAGACGUUAAAUAAAACACUAGAGAACAUGGGGGAGGGAGGAAAUGACGGAGAGAGAGAGAGAAAAAGGAGUGCCGGUGACAACUAUUCAGAGACCAGGACUGCUUUCUUCCGGAACGGUGCAUGAAGCCUGAAUGACCGCUUCUGCCAUUUCAGGUCAACUAUGUGUCACUCUGUGUUCCCCCCCACCCCCCAUGUAUAAUUUCCGAUUGCAGUUUCCUGACCAUCAUUUUUCAGCAUAAUACACCUGUGAUCUUAAAUCUGAACAGUUUCAGAUACCGUCAUGUUUGAAAUUUGUUCAAAACGUUCUGUCGGAAAAAAAGUGAAUAAAUAUAUAUAUUCCAAGAUUUUUAAAAUUAAUUUUAAAUAACAUAUAUUUGUCAGGUUGAUUUUGAAAGUGUAAUUGUCCAACCCGUGAAAAAAAUGGCUCAGUAUGGUUUUGAAGUGUCUAAUUUGGGGCAUGGAUAUAAUUAGUGUGAAGGGAGAUUAGGAAUAUGACAACACACAUAAAAAAAUUUUUAAAAAAAGAAGCUUUUUCAGUGGUGUGUCUUGAGAUGUAAUGGGUAAAUUUCAGGGUGAAGGGUCAGUAGUCAGGCUCAUUUGUGGAUAUCGGCUACAAACUUUUUUUUUUUUUUUUUACGUUCGCCCAGUUCUUGCGUGCUAUCCUGCCCUGAUUGAGGGAAUGAACGUGAUGGACCGCAUUAUUCGGUUGGAUGAGAGUUUCGCAGAGGAGCAGUUUUUCAGGUUUUAAGAUGGCACACACCUUAAAACUGGGAUAUAAAAGUUCACCGCGUGGGUUUAGGGUUUGAGUGCACAGCCCUUUCCUUUUUGUUCUUCUGUUUUGAGGUUACAGUGGCAGUGUCAAUUCCACCUCUGUCGUACAAAAUCAUCCUUGCUAACAAAACGUUUUUAUUUAAUGCAUCCUUCAGACUUCUGUUCCGCUUUCUGUUUACUCAAAAUAUGAUUGGUUUGAAUAAAGUGGUUUUUUUUUUUUUUGUUACUUUAUUGUGGCAACCCCUGGAGGACAAAGCUUAAAUUCAUCUAUUUAUUUUCACGAUAUUUUUUCACAUGUAUUCAUUUAGUGACCAUACGUAGAUAUUGACACGCGGAUUUUGAAAAUGAUAUUGAGUCUCUUCAUCAGAACUUCCUUCUUUAAAUGUAAUUUCUUUAAGUUCAGUAAAGAUUUAGCCUAUUUCAA